UUAGUAAAAACAAAUAAAAUAAAACUAACCAGACACAUAAUUAAGAGACGGAAGGAGUCCAAGUGGCAGGUGAAAAAAGAGUGUACGUGGUAGACUCCCCGAAACUCCCCCGCUCUUCUCUCGCAUCCGCCAAACUUUGGGAAAUCCUCGUCGUUGACAGUGCUAACCACCUUCCUCUUCUUCUUCUUCUUCUUCUUCUUCUUCUUCUUCUUCCCACUCUCUGUAAAUCACCACAACCAUGUAUCGCACGGCGGCGAAUCGCCUCCUCGCCCACUCUUUCCGAUCACUUACAACCACAAUCAAACCCACUUACAUUCAUCCUUCUUCUUCAUUUCUUACUUCUUCUCGAUUUUCUACUUCCUCUUUUUCUUCCUCUAACCCUAACCCUAAUUCUAAUCCUCCUCAUUUUAACUCUACUCAAUCACAAACCCCUAAUUUCUCCGACCAUUCUACUCAAACGACGUCGUCUUCGUCAUCAUCGGAAGAACCUCGCUCUAGACGCCCUGUUGUGGAGUACGAGGAGGAGCAAGCUCGUGUUCUUCAAGCUUCUCUUCGUCACGUGGAGAGUUUGGGAUGGACUGAGACAGCGAUGUUGGCGGGCGCAAGGGAAGUUGGCCUCUCUCCCUCCAUUGUUGGAUCUUUCCCUAGGAAAGAAGCUGCACUUGUUGAGUAUUUCAUGGAUGAGUGUUUGGAAAGACUUAUUGAUAUAAUUGAGUCUGACACGGAGCUGAAAAACUUGAUUCCCAGUCAACACAUAUCAAAACUUGUGAGGAUUCGUCUGGAAAUGCAGGCUUCAUUUAUAUCAAAAUGGGCCCAGGCUCUUAGUAUUCAGGCGCUGCCAACAAAUGUCCCUACAAGCUUUAAGCAACGUGCUGCUUUGAUUGAUGAGAUUUGGCAUGCUGCUGGUGAUGAUGCCUCUGAUUUUGAUUGGUAUGUGAAGCGUACUGUGCUUGGUGGAAUAUACUCCACAACUGAGGUUUACAUGUUGACCGAUAAAACUCCAGAUUUUCGUGACACAUGGGCAUUCCUGGAUGCGCGAGUUAGAGAUGCCUUUGAUUUAAAGAAGACCCUGCAAGAGGCUCAGUACUUAGCGGAAGCUGUAGGUGCAGGCUUGGGUGGCUCAUUUCAGGGACUAGUGAAAGGAGUUUUCAAAAGAUGAUCCUCCUUUAACCUGAAGAAUGUACUCAAUAACAUGCAGUUGCAUAAUUAAAUGGAUAUGCUCAAAUUUGAUGAGGUUCUAUGAAUCAACCUGUCCAGCUUUUUUGUAGUAUUUAUGACCUUGCCUUGUGUUUCAGGCUACUUGUGCCUUUUGGUAGGUUAAAAGUUUUAUCAGUUGCUACAUUGUUGGUGGUUCUGCUUCUUCUGCAUGUUGGUGUCCAAAAGUAUACUAGAGGAUGAAAUUAAGAGAAAGGCUGCAUUUUCGUUUUUAUAUUAUAUCACAGAUUGAAUUGUUUUUUGUAAAUUGAUGGAUGAGCUAAAUAAUGCGUCUCUGUGGUUGGAGUUGAAAAAACUCUUAUUUAUUACUCUGCCAGUUUGUGCAGUUUGAUGUAUGACAUUUUUUGUUAUUUAUUUUUAUUAUGGAAGCAACAUGUUUACUUGUUCU